GCAAUGAACAAUUUAGGCUGCCCUUUCUAUCCAUAGAACUAGAAGCCCAGCCCUGUAAACUUUGCCUAUUAACAAAGCUGAAGUACAACCAUAUUCCUCAAAAAAACCAUGAUGACCAUAAGGCUGAUUUAGUACGAUGUCUGUAACAUGUGACAUCUGAAAUUGUUCAGCUGAAUUCAGCAAAUAGAGGAAAAGGAAGAGAAGAUUUAUCCAAGUCAUGCUGACCUUCCUCUCAUCCCACUUGUGUGAUGCUGUCAUACAAGCUUUAUAAAGUAACAUGAUAUUUGCUUGAAGGUACAUGCCAAUAUCUCUGAAAAGUAUAUCCUGCCCACUCAGUGCAUCAGGCUAAUCCUGAAACUAGUUGUUUUGACAAUUAUAACCUGAUGAUACUACAUGGAGAACCAUCCCCCAUCAUAUUAGGGACACCUUGACAAAGAAGGGGAGCAUGUGUGGAGUUCUCCACCCAUGUAACCAGAAGGUAUCUUUUUCCGCAAUAGAGCCCCAGUCCCUGUGCACAUGGAGUUUGGUGGAGAUGGGGAUGCUGUAAUACCACCUCUCAUCUGAUUAUGUGAUUGUUUCUUUUCACUAGUGCCAUGGAAAAUACUAGGUUUGUGGCAAGGGGUAGAGGCAACAUGUUAAUGCACAUCUAAGGUGCACUAUUUCCCAGAGCAGGUCUGUGCAUCCCCCAUGGGCUUUAUUACCACAUACUGCGUCCAGGAGGUUUACAUCCAGCAUAGGCUUCAGGCUGCAGACUGAGGUAGGAAUAAACUUUGCCUUCAAAAUCAAAGAUACUUUGUUAACCAGACUAUUUCUAAACCAAGAACACUCACUCCCAACCAAGACAAAAAUAAAAAAAAAAUGACAGUUUUUAGUCAACAGCUAAAAAAAAAAAGCCCCAAACCUGAAGCUUUCUUCACUCUUAGAGGGGAAACAUCAUGUUCCAGGUCUGGGAUUUGUGGGGAAAAGAGACAUCUGGUAUUACGCCAGUGUACCCUGCCUUUUCCAUCAGCCAGGCUGGUGGUCCCAUUGUGCGGGAGGAAUACAACUUCUCUGGUUAGCCAAGGCUCAGGCUGACUUGCUCCAGGGGGAGCCGCAUCUGUCCUUGCUCUCUGGAAUGGAGGUCAUCUGCUUUCCAGGAAAGAGGGAGUGGCUGGAGAGCCUUGAGAUACUGAGCGUGGACCACCUGGAAAACUGUACAGCCAGCACUUUUCCUACUUCUAGACACUCCACAGUAAGGAGUAAGGGAUGCUGAAUUGGCUCUGAACUCCCACCCAAACUUGCUUUGAACAAAUGGAAGCGCAGGCAAGUAACAUGCAUGUUCUGUUAAGAAAAUAUAGAAUCAGCAUUUCUGCAACUUAGUCUGUAUUAGAGGUUGGGUCAGAUUACAAUAUUUGACUCUAGACUUGAAACACAUAGGUGUUUAAGUCUGUUUGGGGAUCGGCUGUUUGCAAAGCUCAGACAUUUACUCAGAUUGUGGUUGAGAGUGCACUGUAACUUUGAUGUAUUUCUACCUUGUUGGAGAAAAAGGGGGAAAAGAUUUGUCUCUGCAUCACAGAAAAAGUAUGUUAAUAACAUAGCCACUCUUUCAUGAUUGGGGAAAAAAUCUGAGUAUCUUGAAAGACAAAGUUGGAAAAUAGCUAUCUUUUAUUUCAAGAAAUCAGAGUCAUAAAAAUCAGACUAUAAAACACACAGCAGCCUGAACCCUCUAGUAUUUUAUGCCUCCUUUUCUAUUUCAGGUCUUCAUUUGCCUAAUUGCAACUCAGAGGCUGGCAGAGAUUUUCCCUGCAGCGCUCAUCUCUGCUGACUGCAGAGACCCUACCUGGCGCACUAAGUUAGUGCGUCAGCAUUCUAGGUAGAAAUGAAUGAAAAAUCAAUCAGGGCAGCUGCAGUGGUAGCAUAUACAACUGUAACCUACUUUGUUCCUGGUUUCGAACAUUUCAUUGUAUAUUUAGGCAUCUUUUAAAAUGUGGAGAAGAUUCUUUUAACUAUAAAGAUGAAGAGUCUACUUUUUCUGGUGCUGAUUUCUGUCUGCUGGGCUGAACCUCAUUCUGACAACUCAAGUCUGGGUCAUGAAAGAAGUGUUCACAUUCAAGCAGAAAAUGGACCCCGUCUACUUGUGGUAGCAGAGCAAGCUAAAAUCUUCUCCCACCGGGGUGGCAAUGUCACACUGCCAUGUAAAUUUUACCAUGAACACACAUCAACAGCUGGCUCAGGAACCCACAAGAUCCGGAUCAAGUGGACCAAACUCACCUCAGAUUACCUCAAAGAAGUGGAUGUCUUUGUUGCAAUGGGACAGCACAGAAAGAGCUACGGAAACUACCAGGGCAGAGUGUUGCUGAGGGAAAGCAGUGAGAAUGAUGCCUCUCUUAUAAUUACAAAUAUAAUACUGGAGGAUUACGGGAGAUAUAAGUGCGAGGUGAUUGAAGGAUUAGAAGAUGACACAGCAGUGGUAGCUCUGAAUCUGGAAGGUGUUGUAUUCCCUUACUCUCCACGGCUGGGUCGUUACAACUUAAACUUCCAUGAGGCUCAGCUAGCCUGCCGGGACCAAGACUCUGUUAUCGCCUCCUUUGACCAGCUUUACGAUGCCUGGAGGUCAGGGCUGGACUGGUGUAAUGCAGGCUGGCUCAGUGAUGGCUCCGUGCAGUACCCCAUCACCAAGCCCAGGGAGCCCUGCGGAGGGAAGAACACAGUCCCUGGGGUCAGGAAUUACGGGUUCUGGGAUAAAGAUAAAAGCCGAUAUGACGUCUUCUGUUUUACUUCAAACUUCAAUGGUCGUUUUUACUACCUAAUUCACCCAACCAAGCUGACCUAUGAUGAAGCAGUUCAGGCGUGUUUGAAGGAUGGAGCUCAGAUUGCCAAAGUUGGCCAGAUCUUUGCUGCCUGGAAGCUCUUGGGUUAUGACCGUUGCGAUGCUGGCUGGCUGGCUGAUGGCAGUGUCCGCUACCCCAUCUCCAGGCCAAGGAAACGCUGCAGUCCUAACGAAGCAGCUGUUCGCUUUGUAGGCUUCCCUGAUAAAAAGGACAAGCUGUAUGGUGUCUACUGCUUCAGAGCAUACAACUGAAAAUACCUAGAGCACGAAAGUCUUAAAUUCAUUAAGAACAUGUGAAAAAUUUCUUUUCAAUAUGAACUCAUGCAAGUUACCAAAACUGUGAUAAACCUUUUUUGCUUACUGUACGAGUCUUUUUCAUAAACCAAACCCAUUAAUUUUUGCUUUAUUUGUUUUUUUUUUUAGUAUUUUUGUGAAAGUACCAUUCCAUAGAUAUUUUAAGUUAAUAUAAUUUAAUGGAAGCUCUAGGUAAGGAAGUUUUAGAGCCAGAUUCUUUCAGCUACAUCAUCCCAACAAAGUACACUUUUCAUGAUUGGGGCAUGCAAUAGAGCUUGGUGAUUGCUAGGGCACAAUUAUGUAAUGUAAGGCUACUCAAAACAGAAGCUUUUAAAAGCA